CCUCGGGCUCCUGCGCCGCCGCCCUCCGGGGCCCUCCUCCCGGAGCCCGGCCAGCGCUGCGAGGCGGUCAGCAGCAGCCCCCCGCCGCCUCCCUGCGCCCAGAACCCCCUGCACCCCAGCCCGUCCCACUCCGCGUGCAAAGAGCCCGUCGUCUACCCCUGGAUGCGCAAAGUUCACGUGAGCACGGUAAACCCCAAUUACGCCGGCGGGGAGCCCAAGCGCUCUCGGACAGCCUACACUCGCCAGCAGGUCUUGGAGCUGGAGAAGGAAUUUCACUACAACCGCUACCUGACGCGGCGCCGGAGGGUGGAGAUCGCCCACGCGCUCUGCCUGUCCGAGCGCCAGAUCAAGAUCUGGUUCCAGAACCGGCGCAUGAAGUGGAAAAAAGACCACAAGUUGCCCAACACCAAGAUCCGCUCGGGUGGCACCGCAGGCGCAGCUGGAGGGCCCCCUGGCCGGCCCAACGGAGGCCCCCCCGCGCUCUAGUGCCCCCCCCCCCGCACGGGAGCCGCGAACCUCGGGGCGGGGGUGGGUUGUGAGCGCGGGGGUGGGGGCGGGCGGGGGGAGAUGCGGGAGGGGACCCUGGGGCCUGGGUCCGCAAAAGCCUACCUGCCCUCCCCCCACUUUAUCUAUUUACACGAAUAAACGCAGAGGAGGGGGAGGGGAAGCUUUAUUUAUAGAAAUGACAAUAGGGAGCCGGGUGAGGCCCCCCCAGAAGCAAGGUUCAAGUCUCUUGCUUUCUUCCUUAAAAAGAAGAAGAAGAAGAAGAAGAAGAAAAGGAGAAGAGAAAGAAGAAGACAGAAAGAGAAAUAGGAGGAGGUUGCACUCCUUGCUUUCAGCUUUGGCGAAGAUGGAUCCACGUUUCAUCUUUAAUCACGCCAGGCCCAGGCCCAUCUGUCUUGUUUACUCUGCCGAGGAGAGGAUGGGCCUCGGUGGCGACCAUUACCUCGACACCCGGCUAACAAAUGAGGCCCGGCUCGGCCGCGUUUACUGCUGCCGCCGCUGGAACACAGCCUGGAUUUUCUUUCUUUGUCCCCCAUUCCUGACACCCAGCGAAAGCACCCUGUGACUGCCAGAUAGCGCAGUGUUUUGGCCACGGUAACACACACACACACACACACGCCCUCCCCUUCAGUGCCCCCGCACAGGCACACUGACUUCUCACCCCCCCCUUCCACCAAGAGGCUGGGCUGGGGGGCAGCAGGAAGGGGACAAGUGGAGGCCUGGGUGCAGGAGCAGGCAGGGAAGUUGGGUCCGAGAAAAAAAAAAAAAAGAGAGACCCGGAGACACGGGAGGGACUUCUGGAAGGUCAGGCCGUUCCUGGCAGAGCCAGAGGCCAGUUGAGUUCUGGGAGCUGGGCGCAACCCUGUUGCCAAUCUAGAGUUGUUCUGCCGAGGCCUUCUCUCCUAGACUGCAAACGAAUGUGAAACUAGCAAAUAAAACAGGGUGCCCCUCCCGGUCUGGGAGAUGAUGUUGCAGAGACCUCUCCCAUAGUUUAUCAUUGUUUUGCAUUGAUUAUUAUUAUUAUUAUUAUUAUUAUUAUUAUUUUAUGUCAUGUGCGUCCUCUCUCCUGUUCGCUCUCUGACAUUCCAAACCAGGCCCCUUCCUAGUUCUGGGGCUACCUGAGUCUAGAACCCUUCGUUGGCGUGAAAAUUUGUGUCCUGUACAGAGUGACAAUAGAAAUAAAUGUUUGGUUUCUUGUGACCAGCA